AUGGCAGAAUCUACACGCAUAAUAGGACUGGGCAAGGCCAGUUGGAGUAGCAAGGAAGUUCAAACCUUACGCAGCUACCGACCAACAAGAAUUAGCUUGUGCUUGCACGUAGAUAGUGUGGACAUCAUUUUGAAAUCGCCUCAACCCCGCGUUAGCCCCGCCAUCCCACCAUCCUUCCGCCCACACCAAUCCAACUUUCGACUUAGGAGCAAACCAAUUCAUCAACUCAUCAUUUUGAAAAUGUCAAGUGCUUUUCCAUCAUUGAAUAGAAUCUCCCGUGAGAGGCUCAGUGCGCUGCUCUUGACAGAGCCAACUGAUCAGAAAGUUGUUGUUGUUGAUGUGAGAGAUUCAGAUCACAUCGGUGGUCAUAUCAAAUCCUCACGUCAUGUUCCUUCAGAAACACUAGAUUACAGUGCACCAGACCUUGCACGUCAGCUCCAAGGGGCUGAGAAGGUUGUCUUUCACUGUGCCCUCUCACAGGUUCGCGGUCCUAGUGCCGCUGUGAAAUACCUCCGUGAGCGUGAAAGAUUGUUCGGAGCAGACUCGACAAUAAGGGUCACAGCUGGGAAUAUUGAUGAUGAUGGAAAGCCAAAUGAAAGGGAUGAGGAUGGAAAAGUAAAAAAACAAGAGGUCUAUGUACUCACUGGGGGUUUUGUCGAGUGGCAGGAAAAAUAUGGAAACGAUGAAAGGCUAACCGAAAACUACAACAAACAAUUAAUUGACCCCGGUGAUACCGUGGUACAGAUAUGCAUCGAUCCUCAAUUACGCUAUGUUGACGAUGCCUCCCUUAAUAUCUACAAACAGAUGAUUUAG